AUGUCAUCAGUAUUCAUUUCAAAUUGUUUCAUUAAAUCAGUUGUUACAACUAUCAAUAGUAUAUCUGGUACUGCGAUAUACAGGACAGAAAUAGGCGGUUUUAGAGAAUUAUUGUUUAAAGGAUUUUUUAAUAAAGAUGAAAAUAUUGUCAACUUUAACGAAAAAACUUUAAUUCUACACUUAAUACAAACGAUCAUUGUUAAUGACAAUGAGGAUUUAACCGAAGACUUGCCAAUGAACCAAAGCCAAAUUUUGAUAUUUUCUGGUGUAGUGCAAAAUAAUUCUUAUGUUGAAGACAACACAAGAGACCAUUUCAUUAUCAAAUGA